AUGGUUCAAAAGCUUGAAAGUGUAUAUGGAUCUUAUUUUUCGAAAGUUGCAAAUAUUGAUAAUAUUAAUUUAAUUGCAGCUUCUUUAAAAGAUCAAAAAACACAGUGUGUUAUUGCAACUGCAUCAACUACAACAAAGGCUGAUGAAGUUAAACGUGUAAUUAAGAAGCAUACUGGUUCUUCUAUAAUUAAAUUUACAAGACCAAAAAUUUUUUAUGAUUAUUCUUGUUCAAAAGGUGCU